AUGGCCAGUGAAACCAGACCAGAUGAUCAGCUCUGGUUUUUUCUAAAGGAGAAUAUGGCUCUUCCUAGCUAUGUCCAAAAGCAGUUUACGCUUAAGGACAUCCAGCAGAAGGGUCUAUCUCUCGCGGACUGUCUGAAGAUCACUAAUAGCGCGGAUAGCAAUGUCAACAAAUAUGCAUUCUACAUCCACUCCGUUAGCAUGGCUGCCGCAGUACGCCUCCUAUCCGAUGAGAGUAUUCUGGCCACCUUCAAUAUCUACUGUCGAAAAGACCCGGUCGUCACGAUCUUGAUCCGCGCUGCCGAUGACUUAUCUCCAAACACUUCACGGGCACCUAGUCACCAGAACUCUUUGGCUGAGCGUCGGAAGAUUUCUCGGGGAAAGGUUGUACCCGAGAUUUUUAUUCAGCCCAAGGUUCGACAUGCCUCUGGCAGCAUGGAUGUCAGCACGAUGGAGCCGAUCGCAGACGUUGCCGAGAGUGAAAAAGUCACCUUAUAUCUUGGAGGAGGGAUGUUCGAGACUUUUACUAAGGAAUAUUUGCUCUGCUGGAUCAACUCACAAUUAGAGGACGGGAAACCUCUGACCGAUAUCGUUGUCCAAAGUCUUCGACCAGAUGGAGAGAUAAAGAGACUGGCACUUACAGCAGAGGUUUGGCAGCAUUCUCUCGUUCGCGGUCAAUGGAAGGAUAAUUUUCUACCUCUAUGGAACGAUUAUAAUAGGGUUCGUGGCUCUCGCGAAUCUAUCUUGGCUGCUUUAUCGCGCGACAUUCCCAAUUUCUCUGCAGCAUGCCAGAAUUUCAUCCACGAUCUACGUACAUUCGGUGGCAACAAAAAGUCUCGGCAACGACUGGAUGGCACCGGCCAUGAAUUCUAUCUUGGUGUACCGUAUUUCAACGAUGAGACUCGAGAGCGGCUUCUCCGGAUCCCUACUAGAAAUGGCACUUUGGCAACCGACCUUCGACAGCUAGCAAUUAAGAGGAGUGGAGGCGAGAUCUGCGCAGCCCAUGAUCUCUCACCCUUAUACGAAGCAGUUCUUGGAGUCCAGUGGGACAAAGUAAAGGAGAAAGGCACCGCUUUGCACGAUCAGAUGAGCAGUCUUAAUCUUGAUAGCCAGACUAGCAAGACCAAGCAGAUUGUUAAGAAAGGUAGCCAGAUAUUUAAUAAAGCAUUCAACAGGAAGGGGGGUGGAGGACGCGGGAAAGGCGGUGGGGGAAGCGGGAGUAGGAGCACGGAAGCAUGGUGA